AUGGAACAAAACGAAAAUAUCUAUGAUAAUAGGGCACCCAUUCUUAAAGAAAAUGGUGUCUCUGACGCAUCAAUAGAGUCAGAGUUCUCGUUUGACAACGAAUCUAAUGAUUUUUCCGAUAUGCUAGAGUCACGUUUUUUCGAACUCAAUGUGAAGACAGAGUCAAUUAAAGACGAAUACAAACCAACGAAAGAUAAUGACGGCAAUAUAAAAUCGGAUAUUAAUUUAGAAAAUACAUCAAUAAGACCAUUGAAUAAGGGUAAAAACAAAGACGAGGAGGGUGAAAAUUCAAUUUUGAAGGUUAAAGAUGUAGAGUCUUUAAGUAAUAGAUUAGGUGGACUAGGUAUGCAUAAAAAGGGGCUCGUUGGUUUAGAUAAGGAGGAAGUCAAUAAAAUAAUUUAUGAAGCGUCAAAAGGAUCAUAUUUCUUCAAAAAUGAAGCUAUUAAAGAUGCGGCUGUCACAGCAAGAAUCAACAAGAUAUUAAAGAAUUAUAAUACCGUAAAGAAACUCGAUCUAUCACAAGAGUUCGCGAUUGUAGAAACCAAACUUAAAGAAAUAGAAAGUAUUAGGGACUUUACACAAACGAUCGUCCACGUUGACAUGGAUGCAUUCUACGCGUCGGUUGAAGAGCGUGACAAUCCCGAACUUCGUACAAAGCCGAUGGCUGUUGGAAAUGACAUGAUGCUAAGCACUGCAAACUACGAGGCACGCAAAUACGGUGUGCGGUCCGCUUUGCCAGGGUUUAUCGCAAAAAAGCUUUGCCCGCAAUUGAUUAUUAUUCCUGUUUCCUGGAAAAAAUAUGAAUUGGUGACAAGUCAAAUACAAGAAAUCUUUUCACAUUAUGAUUCUGAUUUUAAUAUGAUGAGUAUGGACGAAGCAUAUUUAAAUAUCACAAAAUAUUUGCAUAAAACUGAGCAAAAGCCCGAGGAAAUUGUACAAGAAUUACGCCAAGAAAUUUCAAAGCGAACUGGAGGAUUGACUGCAAGUGCUGGUAUAGCUUGUAAUAUGUUAUUGGCCAAGAUUUGUUCUGAUCUGAAUAAACCCAAUGGGCAAUAUAAACUUGAAAGCGACCGUCAUUCGGUCAUGGCGUUCAUGAAAGAUUUAUCUAUAAGAAAAAUUCCCGGUAUUGGACGAGUAACGGAACGGAUUUUAAAUGCUCUUGAUAUAAACACUUGUGGAGAUUUACAAGACAAUCUUGUGAUAAUCUAUAAAUUAUUCACUUAUACUUUCUUUAAUUUUGUUACUCGUGCUGCUUUAGGUAUUGGCUCUACAGAUGUUGCAUUCAAAAUGAAAAGAAAAAGUAUGAGUGUUUCGAGAACUUUUGCUGCACUGCAUAAACCAGCCGAUCUUCAAAGAAAACUCCGCGAGUUGGCAAAGCUAUUAGAGCAAGAUCUUGCAAAACAUAAUUUUGAGGGUUGCCAUAUUUCUUUGAAAUUGAAAACAACGUCCUUUAAAUUAUUGACGAGAGGAAGAUCGAUUAAGAAGUUCAUAUAUUCCGCUGAUGAUUUGUAUAAUUACGGAAAAAUGAUUUUAGACGCUCAUCUACCGCUCAAUUUACGGGCCAUGGGAAUUCGUUUGACAAGUUUACGGAAUAGAGAUGAGCCUUUAAAACGUGGAAUAAAAAGAUAUUUUAAUAUAAAAGAAGAAAUCAAACCAAAAAGAUUAUGUUCAGAUAUUCAAUCUAUAAACAGCGUUUUUAAAGAACAAUCACCCAAUGUGCUAUUACUAACCGAAGACGCCGAAAAUAUCGCAACCUCGCCAUUUAAUCCUAUUAAAGGUUUAGACGACUUCAAAGGUGAAGAUGAUGGCGAACCAGGAUCAUCGAUGGCAAUAAUUAAAAAACAUGAUACAUGUACAAUAACGUCAUCCUCCGAGAUCAACAGUAUUGAGAAAGAAAACCCGUCUUGGGAAUGUCCGAUUUGUGGUCAGGGAUUUAUUACGUUAUCUAAUUUACGCAUGAAUACCCAUUUGGAUUUUUGUUUAAAGAAAGAGAAAAGAAAGAAUUUAGGCGUAAGUAAUAGUAAAACGAAACGAAGAAAUUAUUUGACUCAUCAAAGAAACAAUCUAACGAGAACACGAAAAAAUAAAAAUGCACAAAACAUUUUGAAUGUUUGGCUUAACGUUAAAGAGUAA